AUGCCUCAACCCAGAGCAACGCGGUUCCUCCUCCUCCUCUCUCGCCCCAGCUCCACCCGGAACCUCCCUCCUCCUCCUCCCAACCACUAUCGCGUCCACGUCCGAACCAUCUUCGACGGCAAUUUCAAGCCAGUCCGAGACCGUGGCCUGGACCACGCCGUGGAGCGCGAGAAAAACCUCAAACCCUUACUCUCCCUCAAAAACCUCAUGAAACGCGAACCCACCAAAUCCCUCCCUCUAUCAAUCAUAAAAAACACCCUCCAUUUUCCUUUCCGUUCCAUCGAAUUCAUCCGCAAGUACCCCUCCGUCUUCGAAGAGUUCCUCCCCAUACCCACCCUUCCCCAGCCCCACAUCCGUCUCACGCCGGAAACCCUCCGUCUCGACGCUGAUGAGCAGCUCAUUAACCAAUCCCACCAGUUCAAACACCAAUCAGCUGACAAGCUCUUGAAACUGUUGAUGAUUGCAAGAAUCCACAAAAUCCCACUCCCACUCAUUGAACACUUACAAUGGGACCUCGGUCUACCGGAUGACUACGCCGAGACGGUUGUACCGGAAUUUCCGGACUACUUUCGUAUUGCGGACGGGUUCCUGGAACUCGUAUGCUGGAGCCAUGAGCUGGCGGUUUCAGUUCUCCAGAACCGAAACCGAAAAGAUGAACUUGAUGACCAAUUGGUGUUUCCUGUUCAGUUUUCUACUGGUUUUGAGAUGGAUAAGAAGUAUGAUAAGUGGUUGAGGGAGUGGCAGAGGUUGCCUUAUGUGUCUCCUUAUGAGAAUGUGUCUCAUUUGUCACCUACAAGUGAUGAGUCUGAUAGGUGGGUUGUUGGAGUGUUGCAUGAGAUUCUUCAUGUUUUUGUUGGGAAGAAAACUGAGAAGGAUAGUUUGUUGGAGUUAGGAGAGUGGUUGGGGUUGAGGUCGAGGUUUAAGAGGGCGUUGUCGCAGCAUCCGGGGAUUUUCUAUGUGUCUAGUAAGGUUGGGACCUAUACUGUUGUUUUGAGAGAGGGGUACAAGAGGGGUGCGCUGAUUGGGGAUCAUCCAGUGAUGAAUUUGAGGAACCAGUAUGUUCAUCUGAUGAAUAGUGUGAGUGAAGAGGGGAAAGUGGGUAAGGUGGUGCAAGGAAAGGGUGGUGUGGAUGAGGCAGAGGCUAAAGGCGGUGAUGAGGGGGAAGGAGAGGGAGAGGGAGUGGGAGAGGAUGAUGGGGAGGGUGUGGGGGAGCAUGAAGAGGGGGCUUGUGAAGUUGAGGAUGACAGUGAAACUGAUGUUGAUGAAAGGAGGUCUUGGAGAGGUAGUCAGAAAAUUGCUACUGGGAGAAGGAACAGGAACUUUGGGAAAGUGAAGUUAGAUGUUGACAAACCUUUGAGGGAUUCUCGGAGGGAAAGAUUGACUCUGAGAGAUUCUGAAAGGGAACGAUCGUCUUUUAGAGUUUCUCAAAGGGAAAGAUCACAUUUGGGAGAUUCUCAAAGGGAAAGAUCACCUUUGAGAGAUUCUGGGAGGGAAAGAUCACCGUUCGGAGAUUCUCGAAGGGAACGAUCAUCAUUGAGAACUUCUGGAAGGGAAAGGUCGUCUCUGAAUAAUUCUCGAAGGGAAAGAUCACCUUUGAGAGAUUCUGGGAGGGAAAGAUCACCGUGCGGAGAUUCUCGAAGGGAACGAUCACCAUUGAGAAAUUCUGGAAGGGAAAGGUCGUCUCUGAAUAAUUCUCGAAGGGAAAGAUCAUCUUUGAGAGAUUCUGGGAGGGAAAGAUCACCUUUCGGAGAUUCUCGAAGGGAACGAUCACCAUUGAGAAAUUCUGGAAGGGAAAGGUCGUCUCUGAAUAAUUCUCGAGGGGAAAGAUCACCUUUGAGAGAUUCUGGGAGGGAAAGAUCACCCUUGAGAGAUUCUCGAAGGGAAAGAUCAACUGGGAAUACACAGAAAACCGGGGAGAAGAAUGUUAGAAGUUUCUAA